UGUUUUAUGAGGUUAAGGGAUGUGACAACACCUAGAAAACUGUUUUAUGAGGUUAAGGGAUGUGAGAUCAUCUACUAAGCUAGCUACAUCUGCUCUGGGGAUGGCUCCACAUACGACGACGAGGAUAAACAUUGCUCAAGCAGCCCCAUCACUAUGACUAGUGAAGACUUAUUACAGCCUGGCCACGUUGUAAAAGAAAGAUGGAAAGUGGUGAAGAAAAUUGGAGGGGGAGGAUUUGGAGAGAUAUACGAGGGUCUCGACCUAGUCAGCAAAGAAUUAGUUGCUCUGAAACUGGAGUCAGCAAAGCAAGCCAAGCAAGUGUUAAAGAUGGAGGUGGCUGUGUUGAAAAAACUACAAGGCAAAGAUCACGUUUGCAGAUUCAUUGGCUGUGGCCGUAAUGAUCGUUUCAACUAUGUGGUGAUGCAACUUCAGGGUAAAAACCUUGCAGAACUUCGACGGAGCCAACCCCGUGGAGCUUUCAGCCUAAGUACUACACUUCGCUUGGGGCUGCAAAUUUUGAGGGCCAUAGAAAGUAUUCAUGAAGUGGGGUUCCUUCACAGAGAUGUUAAACCAUCCAACUUUUCCAUGGGACGCCAAUCUCAGAGCUGUCGAAAAGUUUACAUGUUAGAUUUUGGACUGGCACGACAAUAUGUAACAGCAUCAGGAGAGGUACGUCCUCCUCGAGCAGCAGCAGGAUUUAGAGGAACUGUGAGAUAUGCUUCCAUUAAUGCACACAAAAAUAAAGAGAUGGGUCGCCAUGACGACUUGUGGUCUUUGUUUUAUAUGUUAGUUGAAUUUGUGAAUGGCCAGUUGCCAUGGAGAAAGAUUAAAGAUAAAGAACAGGUUGGUGUGAUGAAAGAAAAAUAUGAUCAUCGUCUUCUUCUGAAACACUUGCCAUCAGAUUUUCGGCAAUUCUUGGAUCACGUUGGAAAUCUAGACUAUUAUCAACGUCCAGAUUACAAUAUGCUUGCAGGGCUCUUUGAAAGAUGCAUGAAACGACGAGGUGUGAGAAGCAGUGAUCCAUUUGAUUGGGAGAAAAACUACACAGACAAUUCUACCACCACUACUACCACAACCCCACCACCUGCUAUCAUCUCCAAACCUGUUCUCCCAGAAAAUGCUUUACCUGGAACUCAUGGUACAGAAAACAUGCUAGAAGACAAUAUAAUGGUCAGUUACGAAGAUCAAGAUGGUUACCAUGGUACCAGCAAAGUAAGGGAUGAGCAGAUGUUACAAAAUCGAAAGGUUCAAGUUUUUGUUUCUCCUUCUCUUAACAAAAGUGUUGUUCCUGACAACCUUUGUCAUGUGGCAAUAGUUCAACCCACUGCUUCAACUGAGAAUAACAACAACAUAGUUGAUAAGGAAGAAGAAGCUGAUGUUGAGAUGGAGGAACCAGUAGUUGAAAAAAUGGACAUUGAAAAGGAAGAUGUACAAAAUGUUAAAGUACGAGAUGAGAGAGAUUCUUCAUGUCAUCAUCGUGAUAUUAGAAUGGUUUCUGCAGAUGUUCAUACUGUCAGUGAGGAGCAAACAGAGGAGAGGCCUAGUUCUAGAAGAUUAUCCAGAUCACGAAGAGAUCCACCAAAGCUUCCAAUUGGUCCAAUUCAAGAACAUGAAUAUAUUAGUGAGCGACCAGAAAUAAACAUGGAAAGUGUCCAAAUAUGUGAUAGUGAAGUUAAUCAACAAGAACAAGGUAAUCGAGUAGUGGCCACAACACAGAAUGAAAUGAGUAAGCAUGCUCCACAAGUUAACACCCCAGUAACAGAGUUGAAUUUAGCACGAGAGACAAGAGAACAGGGUCAGCGCGAACCAAGACAUCGGCGGUACCAUUCAGGUAGCAGAUCUCGAUGCAGAGAUUACUCCUUCACUCAGUUUGCUGUAGCUGAAGAUGAUAACAUAUCAGCUCUGCAGCAAGUCACAAAGGGUGCUGCUGCUGCCAUGACUUUGGUUUCAAAGUGGCAGAUGUCUUUUGAUGACAGUGAAGAAACAGAUAAUGAGAUGGAAGAUAAUGUUCAAGUGACUUCACCUGAACAUAGGUCUAUCAAAAGAGAUCCUUCAGGUACCUCACUUCACAAGAACCUAUCCUCAGUCUGUGUUGAAAAUGGAAGAGCACAUAAUAAAAGAUCUUCUAAUGAGGAAAAAAGAAUAGGAAAUCAGUUACCAUCUUGUAAAGUGAAAGCAAAAGAAGCAGAGGAAAUGAAAGUUCAAGAAAACAAACUUUUAUCUCCACAAAUGGACCAGCCAAAACAGGAAUUAGAGGUUUGUAAACCAAAAGAAAGAAGAAGGCCAGUAAGCAGACAGUUAUCUCAACAACCAGCAGACCAAUCAAAACAGGAAUCUAAUAUUUGUGAACUACAAAGAGGAAGGAGACCAGUACAACGUUCUCUCUCUCAUCCUAGUAAACUUCCUCCAGAUAUUCCUCUUGAUGGAAUAAACUUUGAAAAUGAUAACAUUACAAAUAAUCGGUAUGUUAGUUUAGGAGGUCUUCCUAUUCCUGGAUCUGUACCUCUGGGUCUGCCACGAGUAUGGAGUUGCCCUUCAUUUUGCUUCCACAUUCGCUCUAACCUACAGCCGCCCUUAAAGCAACAAGCCUCAUUUGAUGAGAAUGUCUAUGAAGUUGAUGUUAUGAGGAAUGUAGCUGCAAAACAGUCACCUGAACAAAGUGAUCAUGAAAACAAUGGGGAAAGAAGGGCUUCACUUCCAUUUAUCUGUUUUAAUUCUCAUGAAAAAGAAAACAGAUUUGAUGUAGUUGAAUCAGAACCUGUGAGUAAAGAGAAGAAAAUUGAAAGUAUGGGAGCAAAAGGAAAAUAUAAGACUCCAAACUGCAAUGAAAAAAAGGAAUUCGUACAAGAUAUAAAAAGAGAAGGCAAGAGUUUAAAACAUAUUGAUGGAUCCAACAAAGAAAAUUCUAAAUUUGUUCAGAAAUCAAACAUUCCUCCUUCCAAGGGAAUUCUUAAGAAACCAAAUGUAGAAUGUUUUUCUUCCCGAGAUAACUGUAAAGAAGAAAAUUUAUCAACAAAAAAGACAUUCCGAGUACCAGUAGAAGAACCAGCUGAAAAUUUCAAGAAAAUGCAAAUGGAAUCACAAAAUAAACUUGAACUAGAGACAUUAGAUAAUGAUCAAGGACGAGUGCAAGUGGAGGAGCCAUCUGUUUACUUUGAUGCCCCUUUACCAAAAGAAGAUGACUAUUUUCAUAACUUGCAGGUUACUGAAAACAAAACUUUAACCAAAGAAAAAUCAAGUAAGAUCUCAAGGGGAAAGAUUGCUCAAGCUCCAUCAAGGGAAGAGACUGAAGAAGAAAUUUCUAGAGAAGAAUUUGGUACUCCACCAAAAGAAGAUCAAAUCCAGCUCUUUGCAGUACCACGGAAAAAGAUUUCGGUGAUUAGUUUGAAUGAACUGCCAGAGGCUUUCCGCUUGCUGGGAAUCAAAAGUUCUGAUGCCAGUACUUCUAAUAAUAUGAGCAGAGGUACCUCUCCUCCUCCAAAUGUUAGUAAUGAGUUGGAAAAUAUUCCUAGUUCUCAUGGAGGAAGAAAUAAACAUUUACCUGCAUCAAGACAGAGUUGUGAAGCUUUCCAUGAGGUUUUAAAAACAGAGCAUUCUGGGAAAGAACUACAAAAAGAAAUAGAAAUUUUACAAAAACAUUGCACAAAUCAAUUAGCAUUGGUGGACAGUAAGAAGAUUGGUCAAAGCCAUUACUGUAGUCAAAUGUCUUCUAGCAGAGAAAGCAUGAGUGGGUUAAGUAACCAGGAAAAGCUUGCUUAUGUGGGUGGUUCACAAGAAAACCAACCUUCUCGUAUUCCUGUUCGCCUGCUUGAGUCACAGAAGGAAAGCAUGGAAUCAGAAGGUCCUCAAGCUUCAUUCCAGGCUCAUCAGAGGUUUCUAGAUGUUAGUAGAGAACAAAGACGACCUAGGUCAAUGAUUGAAGGUGGUGUUAGGUGUGUGGCCAAUGAUGGAGUCAAGAGCUAUCAUUCCUCAAAACAUGCAGCAGUAAGUCCAGAAGAUUUAACUAAUACUAGUCUAAUGUCUGAUAGAAUCUCAAAAAGUGCACAAAAAGACAGAAGAUCUCAGUCUUACAAACAAGGACUCGCCAGUGAAGAUAUAAGACAUGAGCAGAUUACUGAAUAUAAUAAGGCAACUCAGCUUAAGAGUUCUGAUCACCAGUAUACAGAUGAAGAAGGCCCUACAUUUAGAAGACACAGACAAAUCUUGUCUGAUAAAGAUGAAACUGAACUGAAUUCAAAGUUCCAACGAAGACGACAACGUCCGGCCACAAUUUGUGAAGAAUCUCGCAUUCCAGUACCAAAAGGUCGACAAACAUUUUUAGACCCUAACACCCACAUUUAUGAAAACUGCAUUUCUUCUGAAAAGACAGCAUCAGAUAGUCACCAAAGCUCAACCAAGCUUAUGCAUAUCCAUACAGACAGAUUACUACAGCAGUCAUCUCAAAAACCAGUUGUCCUGGGUGCUAUUAGUCGUAGUCCUAGACCUCCACCAGGAGAUCCUCCCCCAAACAGCUGCGUACCAGCAAGACGACGUAGGUAUCGACCGCUUUCACCUAGUGACCUUGUAAUGACUGGAAGUAAUUCUUCUUGUGGAAACUCCCCUGACUGAGAUGAGUGACAUCAAUUUUGGAAUUAAAAAAAAUAGCCAGCCAGCCUGGCAUCAAUAGAUUUCAUUAUGGUGGCUGAAACAUUAUAAUUACUACUGCUAUUUUUUGUGGAAAAACAUUAAGAAGAAUGUGGAAAAUCUUCUAUAUAUAUAUAAAGAAACAAUUUCUCUACUUAUUUAUUUUUAACUUGGACAUAUCUAGUCAUGAAGGUGUUUAGGAAGGCUUGUUAUUUUCUUGAAAAAAAGUUUCUCUAAAUCAUUCUAGUCUUUUCAUAUAUUUGGGUCAUUUAAAUUUGGAUAUUGUUUUGACAAAAACUUUACUCACCGUGAUUUGUGUAAAUUAGCUUUCAAAUAUACAUUGCAUGUUUUUUUUCUGUACAUUUUUUGUUACCAAGAGAAUUGGUUUAGAUCAUUGUAGUGUAAGCUUUAAAAAAGUGGUACUUUUCUUAGUCCUUUAUAACUACCAGCUGUUUGACAACAUUAGUAAUUGCUUGAAUGAAAAAUCUGUUAGGCAUCUUGUAUGUAAUUUAAGUAUCUAUGUCACAUGGUGUACAUAUUUGUAUAGCUAGUAAUGUCUUGCUCUGAGCUCCACAAGUAUGGCAGCUACUUCAAUUUCAAAAUUGUGUUUUGUUAUAAACUGCAUUGUGUUGUAAGUGAUUAUUUAUUUAUCUAAGAGUGGCAUUUGAAGAAUAAUAAUACAGGAGUGGCUGCAUAAUUUAACGUAACAGGCCACCCUUAAUAUCAACUGUUGACAGCUUUUUUUUUAAUGAUAACUUUGGUAGAGUUUGGAUGUGUUUAGCAAAUUUGUUGCACCCAAACUAUGCUUGUUUACAGAAAAUGUUUGUUAUUCAGAAAAAAACAUUAAAAUAUAAGCAAUAAAGAUUCAUUAUCUGUCAGCAGACUGAAUUUUCAGUCUUUCUUUGAAAUAUUGGAAUUCUUAUAGUGGUCAGUGAAUAGCUCUAGUCAUAAUGGCUACCCACUUUUCAAAGCUACGUAAUAACAUUUAUCAGUUCUCUCACCAUAUUCUUCGCUAAAUAAAGGGGAACCUAGUCAAAAAUAAAGGAUAAUUGUCUAGAAAUUAAGGCAAACAUAAAGCAUAUUAUUUAGAAAAGACAACAAAAAGAACAAAAACUUACACCUGGUAAAGCCAAAUAAGUAAAUACUCAGUGUUGUACAUAAAAUGGUGCUUUGUGUAGUAAAAUUUAUUAAUUUGUAUAUUUAGUAAUAGGAGUUUUCUUAUUUAAGAGAUUAGCUUAUGAGUAUUAAAGAUCAGCAUGUGUCAUUUUUGUGAUAUAUUUCAAUGCAUUGGUAAAAAUAAGGUUAACCAUAUAAGUUUCCCAGAUAGUUUCUAGUUUAAGAAGAAAUAUAUGAACCCUAUUGUGUUUCAGGUGAAAUAUGAAUAAGCAUUUAAGGUUUUAUAUGUUUGUUUACGUAUGGAGUGGCAAACUGUGAAGUGUGGCAGAAAAAUUCAAAAACACUGAUUAAGUUAACAUACAGUAAAAGCUUUUAAAAACUUAAAGUAGGAUAUUUUCUCACAGAUAAUUCUUUUUUUUUCUCAUAAAACACUGCUGCUUACAUACUUGUCCCAAUGAUACUUAAAUAAAUGCUACUGGACAAGGUACAUUCAUUGAAGCUAUGUGAGUGUAAUUAGAGAUGGCUGUUUGGAGAGAACAGUUUUUACAGGAUUUUGAUUUGUUUCAUAAAAUUACUGUAAGAAGCAGACUUUUAAAACUAAGUGUAAAUAGAUGCUGUUGUGCAUAUUUCUCCUUAUUCAGUAUUAUAAAGAACUUUACCAGCAAAGACAUUUUUCAAAAUAUGAAUAUCUACAUGGCUACUUCUUGUUAGCUAAUAGACGAUGAUACACUGAUACAAUAAAACUAAUCUUUCUCAAAAGAUGUGUAGACAUACACAUGUUGCAAGUAUUGUGUAUAUAGUAAUAAUACUAAGAGGUUGGUGAGCUAUUGAUCGGUUUUUUUUUGCUAAACUUGCUCAUCAAAAAACAGGGGUUUAAUAACUUAGCACUAAAACAAAGUAAAAGAUGCUGUCAUGGUCAUAUACUCAAUAUUUUGACUUAUUAAAAUCUUGCAACAAUUAGAUAGUUUAACAGAAAGUUAAAGCACCAUUUUUCCUCCACAUUUUACUGAGCUUUUUGGUUAAAGAAAAUGCUAUAGUAAAAAAAGAAGUGAUUACUUUCUAGAGAUGAUCUUUUUUAAAAGUAUGUUUUCACAUAAGAUUUUCUGAAGAAAAUCCCAAUGCAGAUUUCACAUGUUAGCUAGGGAUGUUUAUCAGACAACUACUAAUGACUACAUAAUAAAACAGGGCACAUCCCUUCUUACGCUAAAAUGUUCAUUUUCAUGAAUCACAAAUUUUGCAAAUGCUCAAAUAUCAUUACCCUAAGGAAGAUAUAUGAGAGAGCAUUUCUUUGUAAGUGAUGAGAGAUCAGGAUUUUGGUGUAGGAUUUAAACCUGUUAAUAUUUCAGGAUUGUGUUUUAAAUGUGACAGAAUUGGAAGGUUACUUAACUUUUUUCAGCUUUUGUCAAUAAAAUUUGCUCCAUUUUGAAAACUUCUAUGUCCAAAUAUUUGUUGUUGUUUUUUUUUUGUUUUUUAAUUUGUAUAUAGUUUAAGAGCUAGGAAUUGGACUUGUCCUUCCUGUAACAAAGUCUUAAGAAUACUUAGAUUAAGUCUAGAUUUAUGAAAAAUGAGUUUUUGUUGUAAAUGCUGAUCAUUAAAUAAAACAUUUUAUGUGCCAGGAAA